AUGAAUGAUUUUGUCAAGGUCCAUAAAUCAUGGAGAAAAGUGACAACAGUGAAGAGAAAAUUAGAAAUUGAAUCGGAAUUAGAAAGGGAAGUUCGAAGAGUUGCGGGUUUGGAACUCUUGAAGGUUGGAUUAGGUUUGGAACUCUUGAAGGUUGGAUUAGGUUUGGAACUCUUGAAGGUUGGAUUAGGUUUGGAACUCUUGAAGGUUGGAUUAGGUUUGGAACUCUUGAAGGUUGGAUUAGGUUUGGAACUCUUGGAGGUUGGGUUAGGUUUGGAACUCUUGAAGGUUAGGUUAGGUUUGGAACUCUUGGAGGUUGGGUUAAGUUUGGAACUCUUGGAGGUUGGAUUAGGUUUGGAACUCUUGAAGGUUGGGUUAGGUUUGGAACAUCAGGUUAGAUCAUAA